UGUAGUCUUAUCAUUAGCAACCUUCGCGUGGAAUAUAUAGAUAUAUCAAGAAUGAGGCUGCUAUAAAGCUAACGGCGAGGAAACAUGGUUCAGUUGAAUUUAGUUAUUCCAAAUAAGUACAACGGACACACAAAAAUGCAUUACACACAAGUUGUUCUAAUGAGUUGCCUGCUCGCAACAACCCUCCUAUACACUCCCGUGUCGGCUAAGUGCAAUACAUGCAGCAUCAAUGGCAUCGCAUGUGUCAGUGAGAGCUCUUUCCUCAUCUGCACCAAGGGUGUACCAGAUGCAUCACAGGUCUACCAAUGUCCCGCAGGACAUGUGUGCAUCGCCAAUAGCGUUGAUAAGUGUGUGGCGGGCUCAAGAUCGUCAGCAGAUUGCGCAGCCGAACAAAAUGCCUGUGGUGUCUGCAAUGGCAACAAGCUCUUCACCUGUCUCACACCCACCACGUUUGCACAGUGUAACAGCACUUCAUUGUUGCGAAGUGUCAGCGGCAAUUGUCCUAGUGGCCUGACUUGUGAUUCGUCGCGUCCGGAAAUCUGUGUUGUUGGUGGCGCUGAGUGUUCGACAUAAGUGAUUUUGUUUAAAUGUUUUAUACGGUAUAUUGAUUUAGACGUGUUAAAUGUGGUAAAUAAAUUAUGAAAAUUUAACUGUG